CCCAGGGACAACAUUGUCUUGCAGUUUACUACUAGCCCUCGUCCUUCAAAAGCAAAUGGAUCACUUGUACAUGUUAAUAUAACUCCUGCUGACCUUAAAAAAGACUGGAGUGCUAAAAUCUGCGGGUGCAAUGGAAACGAGUAUACAUUUGCCGUCAAUAGUCCUGCUAAUGCAAUUAUUGGAAAAUACCAGCUAAGUGUAAUAACGGGAAGAGGAGUUGUAUACAUGGCAGGAGAUUGCCCCAUUUACAUUCUGUUCAACCCUUGGUGUGAAGAUGAUGCCGUAUACAUGCCAAAUGAGGAGGAAAGAAUGGAAUAUGUCCUAAGUGACACUGGAUACAUCUAUGUGGGCACAAGCUCUAAAAUUACUGCC